ACAACCGGCACCAUGAAGCUGUCCAACCAGUCUGAGGUGCCCGUUUACACCAUAUCGGGCUCUAACACUGCCCGCCCAUUACCCGAAUGGCUUGCCAGACGGAGGAAGCGCAGCUUGAAAGACGAUCCUGAGUAUGCAAAUCGCGUCGAGUUGCUGCAGGACUUUGAGUUUGAGGAAGCCAGUCAAUGUGUUCGAGCCAGUGAGGAUGGCGAAUGGGUUAUGAGUACAGGAACAUACAAGCCGCAAAUUCACACCCACUACCUUCCACAACUUUCUCUGUCUUGGGCCCGCCAUACUGUCGCCCUUAACACCACCUUCCUCCUUCUCUCAUCCGAUUACUCCAAGUCUCUUCACCUCCAGUCCGACCGCUCCCUCGAGUUCCACACUCCGCAAGGAUGCCAUUACACCACUCGGCUGCCGCGAUACGGCCGUGACCUGGUGUAUGACCGCCAGUCGACCGAGGCGCUGGUCCCCUCAGUCGGUGUCAACCAGGAUGGCAUGGGAGAAGUAUUCAGAUUGAAUCUCGAGCUUGGAAGGUAUAUGCGCAGCUUCGAGGUGGAUGUUGGUGGUGACGAUUUUACAUCUGCGGGAGGCGGCACUCUGCAAGGCGGUAUUCACACCGGCUCGGUCAACACGGGUGCUAUCGCGGAGGAGAGUCAUAAUUUGUUGGCAUUCGGUACCUCGGCCGGUACGGUGGAGCUGUGGGAUCCCAGAGCCAAGGGCCGAGCGGGCGUCUUGCUCCCACCUACACAAGCCGGACCGGACGAGAGGCGAAACGAAAUCACUGCGUUGGAGUUCAAUCGUUCUGGUUUGACACUUGGUACCGGCUCGUCGAACGGCCUGAUCCAUCUCUACGAUCUCCGGUCUCCAGUUCCUCUUCUGAAGAAGGAUCAGGGAUACGGUUUCCCCAUCCACACCCUCAAGUUCCUGCAGCCUUCGUCCGCGACACGCGAAGCGACCAUGGAUCCUAAGAUCAUGUCUGCUGAUAAGCGUAUCAUCAAGCUCUGGGAUCCUCGCGACGGUAGCCCAUGGACAUCUGUCGAACCUGCCGUCGAUAUCAACUCGGUCGCCUGGUGCAAGGAUAGUGGAAUGCUCCUGACCGCCAACGAAGGCCGCCAGCAGCACUCGUUCUUUAUCCCUCAACUUGGACCUGCGCCAAAGUGGUGCUCGUUCUUGGACAAUCUGGUGGAGGAAAUGGCCGAGGAUCCCAACGACCCGAAUGCAUUCACCAGCGCUCAGGCUGGUGCUGUUUACGACAACUACAAGUUCUUGACUAUUCCUCAGCUCCGCACCUUGAACCUGGAGCACCUUAUUGGCCGCACCAACCUCUUGCGACCAUAUAUGCAUGGUUACUUCGUUGCGCAGCGCUUGUACGAGGAGGCUAGAUUGAUUACCAACCCGUACAUCUGGGAAGAGGAGCGUGCCAAGCGUGUUAAGGAGAAGAUUGACAAGGAACGUGAGAGCCGCAUCCGUGGCAAGAAGAAGGCCGCCGUCAAGGUCAACAAGAGGCUGGCCGAGAAGUUGAUGAACGCCGAGGAGAAGAAUGAGCGCCGCAGAGCCAAGCGUGUUCUGGAGCGUGGUGGUGACGAGGAGAUGGUCGAGGCCCCUGCCGUUACCGAGCCUAAGGAGAAGGGCGUUCUGGGUGACAGCCGUUUCAAGGCACUGUUCGAGGACCAGGACUACGCCGUCGACGAGAAGUCCUUCGAAUUCCAGCUUCUCAACCCCAGCACUGUGCCCGAGUCUUCCUCAAGGAAGGAGCGUGGUUUGACAGCCGUUGAGCAAGAGGCCGUGGACGAUGUUCCUGGAUCCAGCGACGAUGAUUCGGGAUCGGACAACGAACCCCAGGCCCCGAGACCCGUGAGAGAGAAGGCCUCGAACAAGAUCUCUUCCUCCGACUACAAGCGUACGAAACGAGCCCCACCUCGCAUGCAGGUCUCUUCCUCGACACGCACCAACUCCGCCCGCGAUCGUUCAUUCGGCUCGCGCGCCCAGAACAUGAAGACGAAGCAGAGGACUUCAAGACAGAGUGGCCCCGUUGGCGAGAGAGAGGUUAGCUUCAUGCCCGCCGGAAAGUCAAAGCGCAGCGAGCCCGAGGUUCGCUAUGACAAGACCGACUUCAAGUCCAAGGAGCGCCGUAGCGCUUCCGGCAACACAUUCCGCAGGAUGUGA